AUGAUAGUGGGCCCCCAAGAAUUUUCGGGGAAAAAUGUUCUUACCAUCGCUGUGUGUGGUAGUGCUAAGAAGCACAGACAGUCUUUUGAAGCCCUCAAGCGGACCGCAGUGAGGCAUAACACCGCGCUUCGUCAAGCCAACUCGUUCCAUGGGGCGUUUGCUCUCAAAGACAUCUGCUAUGACGUAGAUAAAAGCGCAGAGGUAGACCUCACAGGGUUGGAUUCGGUAUCAGGGGUUAAUGUAAAGAGUUCAUCAACAUCUAUGCCGAUGCCGCCGUGCUUUUUUCGAUUCGUUAGCCUUAACUACGACGACAAACACCAGCGAAUGGUUCUAGGUCGAGCCUUUGACGUCACUGAGGACUCUAUGGAUGAGGGGGCUUCUUUCUUUCCAUCAAUGAGGGGCGGCAAUGCUAACCACGAACGCGACCUGGAUGAUGAGUACCGCCGCCCAAACCAGCGUCUGUUGCAAACUCACAGCGUGAUCUCUGAUGCAUACAGCAAUGGCGGGGAAAGCAGUCUGAUGGGGGAGAAUAGUAUGGUCUCUAGUGUACAUCCCGAAGAGGUAGAUAUCAUCCUGCACAAAGUGACUACUUACGGGAUUCCUGAAGCGACACGCGCACUGCAUGAGUGGUGUGAUAACGUUCGCAAAAUCCAAAUGUCUCUCAAACGACCACUGCUAAUCGUGUUAGAUCCCAUUAAUAAGAUGCAGGUGCUCACCAUGCGGUCCAUGGUGUACAAAUUACUUGAUAACGUGGACGAUAGUCAUCAUUCGUUGGCUUUGAUCCCACGCACCUUUCUAUGGGAACUUUAUCACACUUUUGGGAUCCAAAAGUGUCCGGAAAAGGUUGGGAUUGGCGCAUCUAUUGGCGCCGCUUCAAAGCCUGCCGUUACGCGUAUGUGCACGAGUUCCUCUGUACUAGACACUGGAGAAACGCACAAGAGCUCUGCCAGUCAGUUGUCUGGCGAUACGUGGUGGGUCGCUAAGCCAGAUGAGUGCACAGGGCCGUCUUACACACAUGAUUUAGUGAUCUGGAAGAGCUCAAAUGCAGACGUUUGUGUGCCUCCUGAAAUCCAGGCCGCACUGGCUUCAGAGCCUUCUGCAUACGUCAUACAAGAAUUCUACACAUAUGCCUUCCCGGUGGUCGUAAAAGUUUACUGUGUUGGGCCGGAUAUCUUCAUAAAAGUGAAGCCAACAAACAAGCUUCUGAGCUUUGUGUUGGGUCAAGUCGAUUCCAAGGAUGGCUUCGACAGGCCUGUCAAGAUUAACUCACAGAACAAAGCGUUCUUCUCCCUGGAUGGGCUGUCCCUUCUCGCGACAGGGCCUUUUGGGAGGGUUCAACGGGGAUCUCCGCCCCACUGUGGGGCUGGGGUCCACCAAGAGGCUCCUCUUAGCUGCAGUGUGCCUACCCGACUCUGGGAGGCGUUUUUCGCCCCAGGGACCUCCGCAUGGACCGCGAUCGCUAGGCUGGUGAAAGAGCUGUCAAGCCGCCGGGGCUUGGGUCUAAGUCUAUACGGUUUUGAUAUUCUUUUAGUGCCCUCCCCUUUGGCUCAUUCUUACCAGCUUAAGGCUUAUCCGAAGGGCAUUGGCUACACUGAGGGGUCAACUGUCAGCUAUCAGCCCUCACCCGUGACGCCUUCGAUAACCGAUCCACACCAUCCUGAAUCAAUGUUCGAUUUGCGAACGGGUGCCCCGACUACUUACUUGAUGGGUUCAGUACCGGUAGUCAUCGAUGUCAACUACUUCCCGGGCUACGCUGGAAUGGAAGUUGCGAUGAGAGGUAUACUGAAAGUAAUGUGGAAAUCGUUCGAUAAUGAAACACCCACUGGGGGGUUCUCGUGA